GGUGCUGCCGGCAGGGCACCCAGGAUGAUCAUUUCCACAUGGCUGGUGUACCUCCUGGCACGGAAAGAAAUUGGUGGCUGCUCUGCCGGGGACCCAGAUAGCGCUGCGGACGGGGUGGAAAAGGUCUCGCUGAUGGAGCAGUGGUGCCACAAGCUCCAAGACAGGACCUGCAGGCUCUUCAGGUGGAUGACGGAUUGCCCGGUGGCACAGCGGGCAGGGUCGGUGUCGGCCCCUCCGGCGUGCAUGGCCACGAGCGACCCGGAGCCACAGGUUGGGAUGCUUGGGAGCGAGCCGGAGCCACAGGUUGGGAUGCUUGAGACCGAGCCGGAGCCACAGGUUGGGAUGCUUGAGACCAAGCUGGAGCCACAGGUUGAGAUGCAUAGGAGCGAGCCAGAGCCACAGGUUGAGAUGCAGAGGAGCGAGCCAGAGCCACAGGUUGAGGUGCAGAGGAGCGAGCCAGAGCCACAGGUUGAGGUGCAGAGGAGCGAGCCAGAGCCACAGGUUGAGAUGCACAGGACCGAGCCAGAGCCACAGGCUGAGAUGCACGGGACCGAGCCAGAGCCACAGGCUGAGAUGCACAGGACCGAGCCAGAGCCACAGGCUGAGAUACAUGGGACCAAGCCAGAGCCACAGGCUGAGAUACAUGGGACCAAGCCAGAGCCACAGGCUGAGAUGCACGGGACCAAGCCAGAGCCACAGGCUGAGAUACAUGGGACCAAGCCAGAGCCACGGGUUGGGACACGCGAGCAGGAUAACAUGUCUCUCUCUGGGCAAUCCCUGCAUCGGUCGGUCAGCCAGCCCUACCUGGAGAGCACCACCACCAUCAAGAUCUUGAAGCAGAGCCAAACCCGGGUCCGUAUGGUGACCAUGCCGACGGACAAGGCAGCGCAGGAAGGGCUGGAGCAAUUGCAAAACUGCAUGUCCCAGCUGAUGCACCAAGCCGAGAUGGACAACAAGGAAGACGUCGACAUCCCUGCCUCGCUGCAGAGGGACACUUAG